AUGAGAACUACAUGUAGUUAAGAUGUUGUGUAUUGUAGUAAUAUCUUUAUAGUAUUGAAAUCUCGGAGUGUAUGGGAAGUAAAUGUUCUUGUUGUUGUGAUGGAUCCCAAUCUGCUGUACUGGAAGAGCCAGGGACAGUCUUUCGUCAGUCGUCUGCAGAUCUGGUUUAAUCUCCUAGAUCCCACCUCCCUGUUCAGCUCUGAUGUUGAAAUACAGAAAGCCCACGCUCGUGUUGGAAGAGGAGGGAAACUAAAUGGAGAGGAUAGACAUGCACUGAACCUUGCCCUCUCGUCUGUCCAUGCUGACUCUGGUGCUGUGCUUCCUAUGGUUUUUCGCCCUCCAGCAUUUUUGUCAGUAUCAGCUCCUUUGGUUGUUGCCAGCUUUUUGCCACAUAGCAGUGUGAAAGCAGCUCUGUUUUGGCAGUUUUUACUGCAGAGUUACAACGCUGGGUUCAACCACACAAACAGAAACUCCUCAUCAGAGAAGGGUACCAAGACGUCUAUGAGGCAGCUCGUGUUGAUUGCAGGAACAGUGUCCUAUUCAACAUGUGCAGGGGCCCUUCCUCAAAUUCUCAUUAACCGACUCAAUGUGAGGACCAUACCACUCCAGAAUUUCUUCAGGUUUAUUUUACCAGUGCCGCUCUCAGCUGGCCUGGCCUUCUUCAAUGUGGUUACUGUCAGAAAUGAGGAGUCGGAAGCUGGGAUCAAAGUGUUUGAUUCCAAUGGAAAUACUGUUGGCAUCUCUAAACUAGCAGGAGAAAAGGCUGUAAGGGAAACAGCGCUGUCUAGAGCGGCACUGUUUGGCACAACCGCUGCUGUUCCUCAACUCCUGGUUUCACUAUUACAGAAAACGAGACCUUUCCAGAGGAGCUCCCUGAUGAUCGCUCCUCUCCGUCACAUGAGCGUUGCGUUAAUCUUUGGCCUGAUGAUCCCGGUGUCAUUCAGUCUCUUUCCACAACUGGGAACGAUAAAGAAGGAAAACGUGGAGGAGGAGCUGCGGGCGGCAGCAGUCGACGGACAUUUAUUCUACCACAGAGGAUUGUGAGGAGCAGCUUCAUGUAGUUGGAUGAUAAAAAUAUCUUCUUAAAC